GCAUUGUUGUCCGCUCCCCACCCCCUCACUUCCCUCCUGUUAAUCCCGCAGCAGCAGCAUCGCAGUCAGGGAGCAGCAACGGAGGCCAGCAAAGCAAUACUUGGAAGUCAGCAGGAUAGAUUUUAAACCAAUCUUAAGGUAAGUACACAAUGUUUCCUACCAGAGCGAAGUUGUGGCAUCUUGUAGUCGUGUUUUAUUUGCCGUUUUAUCGUUAUAUUUAUUUAAUAACUUGUAUUUUCUUCCGAUGUGUUGCUUCCACUAGCCCGCUAGCUAACGGAUCACUCAAGUCGCAUUGACUUCCGUUAUGCUAAGCUAAUGAUGGGUAACAAGCUAGUCACCGGUCUGUGACUCACAGACAAAUUUAAGCGUAAAGGAGUGGCUAAAAAAAACUGUGAAUUACGCUUUUUAUUGAUUAAACUGGAUAAAUUUUAAUGAAGCAUUCUCUAAAUUGGAAUAAUACCACAGUGUGAUAAACCAAAAUCUGUAGCCACAUAUCCGGUGUUCUGUCGAUUUGUGCUAUCUGAGGAAAUAUGCGACUCAGCGAUUAUUAACCCGUUUGCGCAGGCGCAGUGCCACGACUUGCCACAAAUUAAUGCUCAAUGUAGUGCGUUUUUACUGAAAUACCAAAGAAAAUGUUGGGACGUAUAGAAAGAUGCUUCCCAUUUUCUUAUGAAUAAGUAUUGGUGUAAUGAAACGCGACCCUGUGCUAUGAGCUGUUAUUGGUUUACUGAGCUUCAGUGUUUUUAAAUUUAUUUUUUAUUUUUUAUAGAAGUUUUAAAACAUGUUGUAAAAAUGCAAAUGUAGUGAGUUGUUGUUGUGAUACAGCGAUUAAGCGAUGGGAACAUAUUUCUGACAGGAGACGUUGACGGCCUCUGCUGUCGAUACGGUGUCUUCCUUCGACUCGGUAGCGCAUCUCGCCAGAACAGCGGCUAACGGUUGCUGGCUCGCGUCAGCAAGCUAGCGGUGAGUCUUGGUAAACAGAGGCUCCUUCCCGACUAAAAUUUAGGUCAACAUACACUGCAGUUUAUCCGGAAAACAAGUUAAUACCAGCCACCAACAGUUGUAUGAUAAUGUUGGAUUCAUGAGUGCUCUAAAGGCGAUAAACAUCCAACGAAACGGUUUAUCGCGCACAGGAACACUAAAGCGGAAACGUAUCAUGAUCAGAGCCCUUCGUCUGAAUUAAGUGUGAAACUGAAGCAGAUAAGUGGGGCGUGGACUCUCUACUUUCAAGUCAUCAACGUGGUACACUGGUGGAAAAACUCCUCAGAGGCCUACUGUAAACAGUCGUCUGUUUAUACUGGCACACCAUGCCGUAUAUUGAGCCUAGGGUGUGGGUUUGUGAAGGUUUUGGCGUUGUGUCAACACAGCUGAAGGUUAAGAGCUGCUCAUCGUUUCUCACGGGCGCAGUUGGUGGUGAUAGUUGCAUAAUGCCUGAUGCAAUUCAACAUCCUCCCUCACUGCUGUUUUGAAUAAUGUUGUAAGCAUAGAUGUUCUCUGUUUCCACCCUGCAGCUAUGGCAGCGAUCAGAAAAAAGCUGGUCAUAGUGGGAGAUGGAGCCUGUGGAAAGACCUGUCUGCUUAUCGUGUUUAGUAAGGACCAGUUUCCAGAGGUCUAUGUGCCAACAGUGUUUGAGAACUAUGUUGCGGACAUUGAAGUUGACAGCAAACAGGUAUGAAAUAUGCAGAACUAAAGCUGUUUCUUUUCAGCCCCACGUCUUUCAUUAUCAAUGAUACUGGCUGUAAAUAAUUGUAAUCUGCUUUUUACCACAGAUUGUAUUAAUUUAUUACUUAUUUCCAGUGGUUCGUGACUGGUCUCACUCUGGGACCCAUGUUUUCCCAUGCUCCUUCAGUUGCGACCAUAGACUGUAUAUGCUAUGGACAACCCGCCUGUAUAGGGAUUUGAAGCCAAAAAGCUCUCGGUAUUUCUGCGAUUUUUCUUCAUUUCCUGAAACCAGCGCUGCGCAGUAGCGUUGUGACAGGAGAGUCACUGAGAGUUGCUGUGAUGACGCUCGGCUCAAACAGUGUAUCCCCCGGGCAGUGUUGUUUUCAUUGACGAUGAGGUUGACAAAAAUAUUUCAUCAACGUCAACGAAAACAACACUGUAGAAUAUAUGUUUAGCGUUUGACUGACGAAAUGCACAUGAAUUUUGCAACUCUGUUCGUCGUCCACCACUAACGCUUUCGUCUGGUCUCGUGUCGUCAAUGUAAAAGCACAUUCGUCUCGUCACAUUUUAGUCAUCUAAGACUUAUGUUAAGCUCGUCAACGUCACGUCUUUCUCGUGGAAAAAAGGGCUUUCGUCAACGAAAACAGCACUGCCCCUCAGUGAGCUAUGCAAUCCCUGAACGCCAAUAGGCUGUAUCAGGUGUCAAUCAAAGAAAACAUGAACCCCCUAAUAACUUUUAAAAACUGAGCUGCACAGAGGAGGAAGACGGUGUCCAUUCUACAUACAGUCUACGGUUGCGACCCACUUUUAUAGAUUUCAAACCAAGCAAAUUUAUUUUUAAUGUAUAAAAAAAAAACCUUUAAAGACUCCAAUCUUUGACAUAAAUCCACUUGUUUUAUUGAGUAAAGUGCAUUUCAGAGCACAUGAAGGGGACAACAUGAGGACGACAACUACAGAAUAUCAAAUAUCUAAUAAAUAUCGCAGUAAAUAUUUACUUUUUUAACCAGCUGUUCAUGACACAUGCAGAACAUGUCUGCGACCCACUUUUCGAUCGGGACCCACUAGUUGAGAACCACUGCUUAUUUCUGAUUACCAUAACAUGAUGCUUUGUUAAAUUAUCUGAAAACAAAGUAAGUUUGAAUCACAUUGAUGAACACGUUCUUUCUCAUAGUGCAAGAAAUUACCUUAUCUUUUCUGAGUAUCAAUCAAUCAGUCAAUCAAAUUUUAUUUAUAUAGCGCCAGUUCACAACAGUCGUCAUCCCGAGACGCUUUCCAAAGAGCAGGUCUAGACCACGCUCAUUGUUUGAUGAAUUAUCAAGACCCAAGGAGAAAACUUCCUUUUAACAGGCAGAAACCUUGAGCAGGACCAAGUCAGUAUUAUUCAUAUCUAACUAUUGUAAGUCCAGAAGUAUCCCACAAUAUAUUAACAAAAUCCUUCUUAUGUUUGGGAACUACUUUCCAUGAGGUUUUUCCUCAGCAGAUCACCUCUGAUUGCAUGAAGAGGAAAUGUACUGUAGUGCCAGCUCUCCGUGUUUGGCAGAAUUAUGACAUUUCUAAGAAUUGCCCUCUGAAACGGCUUCAUCUAUAGGAGUUAUGUCCUGUAAAGAAAAUGAAUAAAGGUUCUGUAAAUGUGAUCAUUUUUGAAUAUUAUACCAGUCAUAUUUUCUCACAUAAGCAAUCCAGGGCAAAGAAUAUACAUUUGUAUGCACACAUAAGGUCAGCUUGUUGUCUAACAUAGUCCUGGAGCUUUCAUAGCAUGGUUUGUUAAUUUAUCACCUCUUGUGGCAGGUGGAGUUGGCACUCUGGGAUACAGCUGGUCAGGAAGACUACGACAGAUUGCGCCCACUCUCCUAUCCAGAUACUGAUGUCAUUCUCAUGUGCUUUUCCAUUGACAGCCCUGACAGUCUAGGUAAGUUCAAUCAGUGAUUCAUGUUUGGGAGGCAGCACUGUGAGAUUUCUGCGCUCUUUGCUUGAUCUCAUCUACAUUUUCCUAUCUGUACCGUCUUUUGUCAUCUUAUUAAGAAAACAUCCCUGAGAAGUGGACUCCUGAGGUGAAACACUUUUGUCCCAAUGUUCCCAUUAUACUGGUGGGAAAUAAAAAGGACCUGCGCAAUGACGAGCACACCCGCAGGGAGCUUGCCAAAAUGAAGCAGGUACACAUAUCAAAACACGCAUAGAAAAAAAUGAAUUUGAUGCUUGGUAUCUGAAUCUCUCCUAACAUUUUCUUUAGGAACCUGUGAAACCUGAGGACGGGCGAGACAUGGCAAACAGGAUCUGUGCCUUUGGAUACAUGGAGUGCUCUGCAAAAACAAAGGAUGGUGUGAGGGAAGUGUUUGAGAUGGCUACCAGGGCUGCACUACAGGCCAAGCGGGGGAAGAAGAGCAGUAAAUGUGUCGUACUGUAAAUGUGGGGGGGCACACGAACUGCUUCCUCCAGAGGGGGAGAAGGAGCAUUAGGUCAAACCGGCCCCCCAAACACACCCACACAAAAAGACUGUUUUCCCCAGUUUUUACUAAAGGUGUAAUGCUUUUACGUUUUUUGUCUUAAGCGAAAGUAGUCAGGUUCUGUCAGUAUUCAAUUUUGAGGUUAUGGAAAAUCCGUUUUUGUACUUAAAAUGCCAUAAAAAGAAAGCUCCUUUGUCGACAUGUACCAUGUAAUCAAAGAUAUCAGCCAGGGGACCUGUGGUGUCACACCUGCCAACUCCAGUGAAGCGCUCAAACCCUGCCUGCCCAUCUGAGGAAUGUUCCACAGCGACCAGGGGGAAGAACCUGCACACUGUGACCAAUAGUCCUUUGAAUUAUUUCAGCAAACACAUGAAGUCCAAUUUGGUUUGUUGUGCAUCCUGAUAACAUGCACAACGAGACUGGAAACUCAUUUUGUUUAACGCAAACAGAAACUUAGUGUUUUGUGUAAUAAAUUACUUUGUAAGAAUCUUGAUAACUUGUGUAACUUUAUUGUGGGAAGAAGACUGACACGAAGGAACUUUGGAGCAGUUGAUCAGGAUAAAAUGUUCACAGCGUGCCCUGAAAAUGAUCUGCUUGUACAGUCCGGAGGCUCAGAGUGCUCAGUUGAUUAUGUGGGCUUUAUAGAUGCAUAUAUCGUUCCAGAACGGGCCAAAUGGAUUUUUACGGCUGCAGGUAUUGAAAUUAUAAUUAGUGUCAGUUGUCAACCAAAAAAUACCCCUAAAAUAGACUUAGAGAAUAAUGACACUGUUUAGAAGUGAAAAUAAAUGAACCAGUCCUUACUUAUUAAAAAAAGGCUCUACGGGUGUCAGUCAGGAUCAACCUGUCUGACAUCUUCUGUCACUUCAGCUCAGACUGGAGCCAUUAGUCUGAAGUCAUUUAGGUCAGACAUUAAAACACUCAAAAAGUGCUUUAUUUAGCAUACAUUGAAGAAGAACAACACAACCAACACAAUGAAAAUUCACAAAACUUUGGUAAAUGCCAAGCUCUGUCUUUGUCUCCACACAGCGCUCUGUUGUAUUUUUGAAAAUAUAAAGUGUUUUUUCAAGUGAUUCCUGCGGCGAGGUAAUGUGAUCUAUUUUUUUACACUAACUAUUCACUGAUCAGCUUAGGAGGUAAAGCAACAACUUUUCUUCAGUCUGAUCAAGAUACCGUGCAAAACAUUCAAACUUCAAAAGAUUAUGAUUUAGUCUUUGUUGAACUAAGUUUUUCCACAGUAUCAGAAUCACUCAGUUCGACCACAUCACCAGCAUCAGCCUUUCAAAACACACGACUGUUUUAACUCCAGUUUUACAGAGUUCUAACAAAAAGGAAUCAUUUUAAUUUCCACUGCAUAGCUUGGCAUCAAACUGAAAAUCAAUUUGUGUAAGUGUACCCAAUAAACUGACAAAUGGAGUUUAGUAGAGAGAACAUGGAGUCUUUGGUAAAAUGAGACAAGGCUCUUCUUACAUUCUUCAGUGUGAGCAAAAAAAAGAGAAAAAAAGCUGAAAAGGGAAAAAAAAGUUUACGGAUAAUCUCAGAGCAACAAAGUUUGAAACAGAGUCAAACUUUGUUUGUACAAGUAAAAAAUGUUUAGUAAGGUCAUCUCUGACAAUAUUAGAAACACAAAAUGAAGCAGCAAAAACAGCCUCACUUGUGUAUAACCUCGACAAUCUCCUGACUGAGAGAAAGUUUGGUUUCCUUUUUGUCCUUCAACAAAUUUAAAGGUGAUUUUAUGAUGCCCAUUAUGGUUUACUACAAAAGAUUUACUCUUCUUUUUUUCUUUUUAACGAACACAUUCUGUAUCAA